CGACAGGAGAGCGCAUGAGCAACAACACAUGCUACCAGCAGGAGCGCACAUCAUAGAGCACGAAGUUUGACCAACCCUGUCUCUUCUAACAAUAACGACGUGUUGUCACCCCUCAAGAACUCAGGUUGUGUUUUAAGGGGAGGAAGCAGUGAAGUGGAGGAGAAGCAGUUAGUCUUGGGUUACAGACCUGGAUUAAUGCUUGGCUUAGGACACCAGAGGAAACCAACUCUUCUCUCAGAGGAUCCUUUUCUUCAACACAGUAAUACCCUACCGAGGACUCAGGACAGUUGACUGUUAACAUCAGUGACUGUUCAAACCCAUUCCCAUUCACAGACAGACGGACAUCUUUCACCACGUAUUUAAUCCUAAAAGUACACACUAUAUAGGGAGACCGCAGGGUGUUAGACCCACACUGGGCUAUAGACAUAGCUCUGCUUUUCAAACCCACUAACUGCCCCUUCCCUAGAGAAAAGGCUUACUUAGCAUCUAAUGCUGUGCGUUGCUUUCACAUUCAGCAUCAUUGAUCCACUGAUCCCCACUCUGAUCUGAUUAGCCUUUUAGCCUCUCAUAUUGUUUACGCAAAUAUAUACACACACACAGGCGCAUGCUGCAGUCAUGCUGUCAGCUCGUUUACACAUCUACGUCUCGCCUGGCUGUGAUUAGCAUCCACUACAGACAACACCUGGCUAUAUCGCAUCUGUACACAAUUAGCUCCCAUUGAGGAACCUGGGUAGUACUACUAGUACAGUACGCUGUUGCCCUGUGCUGUACUGCUGUGUUUAUCCACACUGGCAGGUGCCUGUGUCAUGUCCGGUCUGUCAAGGUGGAUGUCUGUGUGAGAGAGUGGAUACGACAGGGCUCUGAUAAACACAUGUUCUGUAGUCAUCUACUACUGCCUAUGGGUCGGUCACUGUGAGCAGAAGAGGUACUGGUACUGAUCAUACUGUCUGUCUAUCACCCUGUCAGAAGGGAUCAAGAUCAAAUCUCUCUUGAAGAAGACACUUCAUCAAAAAAAGACUAACCUGGAUUAACAAAGCCUGAAUAGAACAUAUCACUGUCCAUCCGUCCCUCCGUACCCCUGUGGCCCACUACCCCCACCAUCCAAUUUGUGUGCCAUUUCAGCCACCGGACCCCUUGGAGGAUGAAUGAUGUCCCCACUCUGGACUAUGAGCUGCUGCUGUCCCCUGGGCCCUCCCUCCCUGGGGCCCCCAGCAGUCCUCCUCUGGUGGGGGGUGACGCAGAGCAGAGGACGGCCUUUGCCUUCGUGGGGCUCCUCAUGCUCUUCCUUGUCUUCCUGCUGGUGCGCUGCUUCCGCAUCCUGCUGGACCCCUACAGCCGCAUGCCAUCCUCCUCCUGGACCGAACACAAAGAGGGUGCAGAGAGGGGGCAGUUUGACUACGCCCUGGUCUAGACCUGGGUCGUGUUCAUUAGGGA